AUGGCAGCUGCCCCAGACUCUUUCUCCGCACCCGAUUCCAUCUACGCCCAGGUCGACAACUACCCGUGGGACACGGAUGCGGAGUUUCAAAGCGGUCUCGGAGCUAUCCUAGGCUCCACUGCAUCUUCAGAACAAGCAGUGGAGCUGGCUCUCCGCGCACGCUGCUUCUACUAUUCCCGCAAAUUCAACACCGCCGUCGACUUCGACGCCUACAAAGCCUACCGCGCGAACGUGCCCUCCCCCUCCGCCGUCCCCACCACCGCCCCCAACGGCCUCAACCCCGUCGACCUCCUCCCCGCCACGCCCUCUCCCUCCCAAACCCCUCCCCCGCCUCCCCCGCACGGCGGCGGCGCGACAUCCUCUUCCGCCUCCGCCUCCGCCCCGCCGACAUCCGCACCGGCCACCACCACCACCUCCGCCGCAGAGGGCCAGCAACAAGAAGCGCCGUACCCGACGUCGUUCGCGCACAUCGUCGAGCUGAUCACGACGGGCCAGCCCAUCCCGGGCAUCAAGGAGAUUCCGGACACGGUGCUCGAGGGCCAGGGCACGGCGCCCGCGGCGUCGAAGCGGAAGAAGCCGUGGGAGAAGGACGUCGGCGUCGCGGCGGGGCCGGCGGCGGCGGCGGCAUCGCAGUGA